AUGCAAGAACAAGAGCGACCCCAGGCCAAGGUCUUCAACACCCCAGAGCUUUUCGAGAUCAUCCUUCUCCACCUCGACAUCCGCACACUCCUCGUCUCGGCCCAGCGAGUCUGCCAAACCUGGACAGUUCUAGUUCAGACUUCGCCUGCAAUCCAACAAGCUCUUUUCUUUCGAUCACAAGAGAAUAAAUGGCAUACAGAAUCAAUCUCGAACCCCAUCUACAACCCGCUUUUAGUAGAGGCCUUCCGGCCCUUCUUCCCCUCCGCUGAAGCAGAACGUGAUGGGAAAGAGGAGAAUAUCAACUUCUCUUUCAAAGCCCUCGACAUGCUUUCAUCCCCUCAGAAGAAAUCCGCCUACAUGAGAAAAGAAGCUAGCUGGCGAAAGAUGCUCCUCCGCCAGCCCCCCGUUUACGGAGGCGUCACCAUCUUCAAAAUGCGCCAUAAUAGGGGCGGCGACUCGUGUAGAAGUUAUGACGUCCAAGAGGAAACCCCUCAGGCCAAUCAAGUGAAUAAGGAAUCAGAUUACGACCAUAAGACUCUAAAGAUGGGCCACUUCUUUACAGCCUUCAUACACAAUGAGGACCUCUACUUCGGCCCCUUUGGCCACACACGCAUCUACUGGUCCGCUUACGUCCCACCCUACGAUCCUAACCUCGAUGGUUGGGCUGGUGGUAGCUAUCCACCACAAGGGGGAGAGAUCGCGAGAUCCGAGGUUGUCGUAUUCUCGAGGGAGGUGGCGCAGUGCUCUGUUGGUGUGAAGAGGAAGCUGACUCAGGGGAAGAGUUUGCGCAAGGAGAUUCUCGAGGCUGAAAGUGAUGCUAGAGUAUAG